AUGGCAACUGAGCAAACACAACCAACGUGGGCAGAACUGCUAGGAAGCAAUGAGUGGAAUGGUCUGCUUGACCCUCUUGACCUCAGCCUCAGGAAACUCAUCCUGAGCCGUGGUGACAUGAGCCAAGCCACUUAUGAUGCCUUCAUCAAUGAUCCAAAUUCCAAAUACUGUGGCUACGAAGCAUCAGAUUACCAAAUCGUCUCCUUCCUCUAUGCCACUGCAACCAUUGAUGAUGACUUUUUUGACGCCUUCAUCAUCAGACCUAAGUGCCCCGCCGUCCCACUCCAACGCCAGUCCAAUUGGAUGGGAUACGUUGCUGUCACCGCCGAUGAAGUCAGCAAGGCCAAUGGCAGGUGUGACAUUUAUGUGGCGUGGCGUGGAACCGUCCAACCAAUUGAACUUAAAGAAGAUUUACACAUUAAGCUCGUGCCUGCCACACCAUUAAUGUCCGGCUCGGGACGAAAUGACAAUUAUGAUGGUGGUGAGGACGACGUCGCCAAGGUCAUGGAGGGUUGGCUCACAAUUUGCACCCAGCAACCCGGACUCUCCAUUUCCAAAAACCAGCGCGCAAACUCAAGUUCUAUCGACCAUCACAAAAUUGAUGGAAGUGUACAAGCACGAAAACUUCCAGUUCAUGUCCAGGUAGCGGCCUUUUUGUUCGGGUGCCCAAUGUUGGGGAACCAAGUGUUCUGUGACAAGCUUAAGGCUCUGCAAAACCUGCGAAUCCUACAUGUGAAGAACAAGCAAGAUAUCAUCCCGGAUUUACCAAGCAUAAUCUUUGGUUAUGCAUACGCAGGAAUCGAGUUUGUGGUUGAUAGUGCCAAGUCUCCAUUCUUGAACCAUUCACUUGACAACAUUAUUAACUUGCAUAACUUGCAAGGUCGGUUACAUGUAGUUGCAGGUUGGAAUGGAAAGGAAGGGGAGUUUGAGCUGAAGGUGAAGAGGAGUUUGGCUCUUGUGAACAAGUUUAGUAAUUUUCUCAAGGAAAAAUAUCAAGUUCCAGAGUAUUGGUGGGUCGAAAAGAAUAAAGGGAUGGUGCUUGAUCAAGAUGGAGACUGGGUUGAGGCCAGGCCACAAGAGGACUAA